AUGUGGAAUAACCUCAUCAAACUUAUAUUUUCCAGCCUUAUAUAUGCUAUAUAUGUUUGUUGGUACUGAUAGGAUGUUGGUUUACUUAGAAAACUAAAAUUUAACUUUUUAAAAAUGUAACUACUUAUUGCCCCCAAAGAGGAAUUUGUCUCAGAAUCGUGUUAAAUAUAGAAUGCACACAGUCUUGAUAGUACAGGUGCCUUAAUUGAUAAAUUAGUCUCUGUAGACUUGAUGUUUCAGGCAAAGGAAUGAAAUGAAUGAUGAGAGGAAAUGGCUUGUUUUUUCUUUCCCACUGAGCAUUAUACAUGAAUCAGUUAUUUUUGCUUGUGAGAUAAAUAAAAUCUAAAGUCAUGGGAGGUCACUUUUACCCUCCCUCCCCCUCCUUAGAUGCAAAUAAAGAGUCUCAGGCCCAUCAAUAUCAGAGUGAGAGGCUGCUAAGCCAAAAGCUUCUUAAACCAUGUUUUUUGCUGUGGGACAGAUUAAGUGGAACAGUGAGAAAUGCACUGAAUGUUCCCUCGUCACCAGCCAAAGAUGUUGCCCUCUUCAGCAUACUUAAAGGUGCAAAAGGUUGAAAAGUGACAUUUCUCCAAACUCAUUUCACUUGUCUGUAAACAGCUACCUUCAUGGAAUACCUGGGUUUUAGUGUCCUAAUUCAAGGUAAUUAAGUAAUAAUGCAAGAGUUUAUUGUGUUUAGAAUUGUGUCUCCCAUUAUGAACAGUAGAUUUAUGAUAUUGUUUUAAUUCAAGAAAAAUAUAUGAGAGGCAGCCAGUGACAGAAGGAAAAUGUUUCAGUUAUUAUCAUACACACAAAAUCAGUAACAAAUAUAUCAUACACACUCAGCAGCCACUUUGUUUAGUAUACCUGUGCAAUUUGAUGCAAUCCAACACAACAGCUCUGCCAUAAAUUCCACCAUAAAAUGUUUCCAACUUUCAGUUUUUGUUGACAGUGUUGAAAAAUGUGUACAUUUUAUUACGUCUAUUAUCAAGGUGAUAGUUAAAGGUGGUGUUAUACUUGACCACUGAGAGGUUUCCUUACCAUUUACAUACAUGAUAUUAGAAACACCUCUGAAUAUAAUGCAGUCCAGUACAACACCAUCAAUAACUACAACCUCAGUGCUAAAACAGCUCAUUUAAUUUACACCUCAGUGACAUGAUCAUUAUAGGCAUCAUAAAAGGAGACUUUAUGGCAGAACAUGUUUUGGACUGGAUGAGACUGUUAAGGUGUACUUAAUGAAAUGGCACUGAGAGUAUUUCACUGUAUGUACAGAACAAAAUAAUCAAUUCCAGGACAUAGUUAGAUGCUAUAGUUUCUGGCAUGAUCCUGUGUCAAAUGAGAACAGUGACUCUUGAGGGCAUUAUUUUAAUGGAAUCUGUUACUAAAUUUGUUUAAAGUUGUUAAAUUACAAAUUAAGUUAAUGUAAUGGGGAAAAAAGAAUUUACAUCAGCCAUAAACAAAAAAAUAAAUAAAAAAUAAAACCUCAUGUCAGGGGAGAAAAAAAGCCUACUUUUGAAAACUUAUAAUGCAGCAUACUGUACAUGAUGAAAUCCCCUGAGGAGGACAUGCUUGAACGUGCCAUUUUAAUUAGCUCUCUGAACAUGUAAACAUGUUAAAAACACACAGGGAAAUAACAUAUCUUAUGAUGCUUUACUCCGAGGCUUAUUCUCAGGAGAAAACAACAGUAUUUCAGCACACAAUCUGAAUUUUGCAACUGAGAGAAUAGUUCACCAGUUUUGAUUGCUCCCUUUACAGUUUAUAUACAGUAGAUACUGCUGGAAACCCUGGGUACAUAUUACAGGCUUCUGUUAACGCGUAUGUUAGCACUGAGAGUGAAGAGCACAAAUGAAUAAUGGCUGAUUGUCCCUAUGCCCCCAAUUAGCACAGACAUGCAUUGUUAUAUGGCUAAUUGUCUUGCUCCUCUGUGUCUUUUAACACGCUCCCAGGACAUGAAGGAGAAAAGGAGCGCACAUUGAAGCACCAGCUGUGCAUGUAAAAGCCUCUUGAUGGCUCAUUCAAUGCAUCAUCAGGCUGCUUUUGCAUCAACAAUAACUGCACAUUGUUGUCUCCACAGGGGUCAUUUAACUCUAUUUUUUAUCUCCAUGGGGAAAUAGUGAAAAAAUAUUUUGGAAGAUUGAGGCACAGCCCCUCUGUCCAAAGAAACAGUAAGACUGACAUAUUCAAUUAAUGCAACACCAAAUGUAGAAUUCACAGAAGGAUUCAUAUAUGUUAUUCAUAAGACCUGAGGCAUCUCAAUAACUUUUUAUGACAAUUAACAAUUUCUCAACAUUAAAGUCUAACACUAAUCUGGAAUGCUGAGUUGAUUUACAGCCUGGAGCACCUUCAUUCAUAUUAAAAAUGUAAGUUGAUGUGCAGAUUCAUGCCACAUUUGUUUGAAAUUUGAUAUCACUCUUAUGCUACUGUAUUUGAUUCCAAAUCAGUAAGUGUAUUUUCCUGUUAUAUCUUUCCUAGUUACUGAUGUUGUGAAGCACGUAGUUUUGAAGGUGAUGUGACAUUAAAACUUAAAGGAUGGGUUCAUGAUUUAAAUUGUUGUAAAACAUUACUCACAUUCCCAUUUGCACACUGAAACAGGUUUUACUUCCUGUAAUCAGUCCUCCUGUUCAUAUUGGUCAUAUUGAAAUAUCCCUUCAUAACACAUUUCCAAUGUAGGCGACAGGGGACAAAAUCCACUUCCUUGUUCUGUGUAAAAAUCAAAUCAAGUCAGCAUCUCUCAUAAUUCACCAUUUCAGUCUUUGUGUGACUAACCAUCCAGUGCAGGUCAGCACAGAAACACAAAGAGGGAAUUUCACACUUUGAAAAGACUUUAACUUCGGAGGAUUCUGAUUUGAUAGACCUAAACUAGAUGGCAGAAGCCUCAUAGCAGCUUCAAAUAAACUUUGUAAAAUGUUUUUGCACAAAUCAAGGACUGUGGAUUUUGUCCUUCAUCACCUCCUGUGCAUUGGAAAUUGGGAUCUGUUAGUCAUCAGCACAAACACAGAGAAUGAUUACAGCAAACAAAAAAGGUUUCAGCACACUUACAUAUGUGGGCACCUGACUGACCUGACCUGAUUGUUUUAAGAGAGAGACUUGAAAACUUGUGUGUAUCCUAUUGUAUUCCCUUGCUGUGCUUGCCCUCUGAGACCAUCUCAGUUUUAGUGUAUUACUUUAAUUUGAAACUGGGUUGAACACUGCAAAGUUGGGCAACAAUCUCAAGGGGCAUCGAAGGCUAUAAAUUGUAAUUACAUGGGCUAUUAAACAGUUCAUGCACAGCAGGCUUUACUUGUUAACUGCAACUUAGGGUGAGCAUCUUUUUCCUUCAUAACACCUAGAGAUUGCACAGUUAUAUUAUCUCUUAUAUCAGGAUUUAUAUGUAUGUAGGAUGUUUGUUAUGUGCAGUGUAUUUAUAACAGAUUUGAUUCUCUGUCUGCUUUGCAAAUCAUGACUGCUGCAGGCCUUGGUGUCAUGGAUCUGUGUGUGACCAUCAAAGGGGUCUCCUUCCUCUUGCAAACAGGUAUGGGCAUCUUGGGGAACACGGUGGUGCUGCUGGCAUACGGUCACAUCAUUUAUACCGAACCCAAGCUCCUUCCUGUGGACAUGAUCCUGUGCCACCUGGCCUUUGCCAACCUGACGCUGCUACUGACCCGCUGCGUCCCUCAGACCAUGACUGUGUUUGGGCUGAAGGACUUGCUGAAUGAUCCAGGCUGUAAGGUGGUGAUCUACGCCUACCGCAUCGGCCGGGCUUUGUCAGUGUGCAUCACCUGCAUGCUCAGUGUGUUUCAGGCAGUGACCAUCGCCCCCGCUGGGUCCCGUUUGUCCAGGCUGAAGCCAGCACUUCCCUCCCUGGUUCUCCCCACCUUUGCAGGGCUUUGGCUCCUCAACAUGGCCAUAUGCAUCGCAGCCCCUUUCUUCUCCAUGGCUCCGCGAAAUGGCACCAUCCCUGCUUUUACUCUCAACCUGGGCUUCUGUCAUGUGGACUUUAGAGACAACCUGUCCUAUGUGAUCAACGGGGUGGCUGUCUCUGGGAGGGAUUUUGCCUUUGUUGCCCUUAUGGUGGGCUCCAGCGGUUACAUCCUGUUGCUUCUCCACCGCCACAGCCGCCAGGUGAGAGGGAUCCGUCGUUCUCAGGGUGGUGGAGCAGAGACCAGGGCUGCCAAAACAGUGGUCACCCUUGUGAUCCUGUAUGUGGUCUUCUUUGGGAUUGAUAAUGUGAUCUGGAUCUACAUGCUGACAGUGGCCAAGGUGUCACCGGUGGUGGCUGAUAUGAGGGUGUUCUUCUCCUCCUGCUAUGCCUCUCUCAGCCCCUACUUUAUCAUUUCUUCCAACAAGAAGGUCAAGGCGACGAUCAUGUGCACAUCUCGGCAAGACCAACCGUCGGCGGACACUCAGGAGUCGAAUGACAAAUGAUUCUUUCUUUAUCGUGACAAGCUGUUGACUCACCUGACAAGAGUUGUACUCUCAGACCUUAUCAUUCUGAGCAUUUGUGCCCAGAUGCCUGCUCAGCCAUCUGAGCAAUGGACCUUUUAGAAAGUAGCACUAGAGAGAAGAAUCUUUGGUGGUGUUACUUGGUUUUCUCUUAUAUGUAUUUUCAUCAAAAUCAUAAAUACACAAGUGUCUGUACCUGCAGUAGUUUGUGGCCAUUUAACCAGUCAUAAUGUUUUGAGUAUUAAGUAAUUGUCAGGCAUGUAUGCCAAACAUCCUCUUGUUCCAGCUUCUUAGUUGUGAGGAUUUGCUGCUUUUUUGUCUUUAUUUAUAAUAGUAAACAGAUGGUCUUUGAGUUUGGGACUGUUGGUCAUAUAAAUGUGAUUUCAACAUGUUCAUAGCUAAAAUUAUUGAUCUGUCCUUGAUAUUGUUUCAGAGAAUUUGGUGGUUUAAAUGUCCAGAGAAGGAGUUUUAUAUUCUCCAGUAGACUGUCUAAGGUCAACGACAUACAUCAAAAUAGUUGGAUUUUGAACUUAUCCAGCAGAAUUAUAUACCUGACAAAGUAAUUGGAAAGUAUUUCUAACAGCAUUUAGGCUGUUGAAUGAGAAGCUAAAAUUUACUAGAGAUAUAUUUUAGAAGUUAAAUUAACACUGACUAUGUGGAGCUGUUUAAAAUCCUGGCUACAGUCCUGAAUUUAA